UCUAUAUGAAAUAUUAGAAACAAUUUCCAAUAAGGUUUCAUUUGUUGACAUUAGUUAAUGCGUAAGCUGACAAUGAGCAAUAUACUGUGUCGUUAACUUAGUUGUUAACUGAAGUUAGCAAAAGGAAUCUUAUUUGUUAAUAAUUAAAAUUUCUUACUCAUUCCAGCAUUUGGUAAUAGUUUGCUCAGGUAAAUACAUUUCAUUAACAUUUUGUAACUGAGAACAGAAGUAACAGAAAUAUUACAUUUUUGUUUCAUAAUUGAGGAAGAAUUUGAAACACACAACAUGAAGUCAUGUAGCGAGGGUGGAAACACAAACAGCUCCUCCUCUUUUCAAGAAGUACCACAGUUCAUUUCUUCUUUACCCAUAUCACUACUAACAUGGCAGAUGACCAGGGAAAUAUACAUGCGGUCGUGAUUAAUGAUGACUGGCCAGGUUACAAUUUAGAGUUGUUUAAUUAUCCUGAGCAUUACAGUGGGGACCUGGAUUGUGUGUACAUCCCUCAUGGUGUCAUUAUGAACAGGAUUGAAUGCCUGGCCAGAGACAUUCUUGAAGACAUUGGACACCAGGACAUGAUGGUUCUGUGUGUUUUGAAGGGUGGAUAUAAGUUUUGUUCUGACCUGGUGGAGUCCAUUAAAGCUCAGAGCCGCAGCACUAACAGAAGACUGACCACCAGAGUAGAGUUCAUUCGAUUUAAGAGCUAUCUGAAUGAUCAAUCCACUGAACACCUUCAAAUUAUUGGACCAGAGGACCUCUCCAUGCUGAAAGGCAAGAAUGUCUUGAUUGUGGAGGCAAUAGUGGACACAGGGAAAACCAUGAGAGCUCUUCUAAAGCAUGUGAACACUUUCCAGCCCACACUGGUCAAAGUUGCCGGGCUCCUGGUAAAGAGAGUUCCUCACUGUGAUGUAAUGCUCCCAGACUAUGUUGGAUUUGUCAUUCCUAAUCGUUUUGUUGUGGGUUACGCUCUGGACUACAACGAAUACUUCAGAGACCUCAAUCACAUCUGCGUCAUCAGUGAGAUGGGGAAACUGAAAUAUAAAGUGUAACAAACUGUUUUCAAGUGGAAUUGACAUUUAUAUUACCGUAACAAAUGUAUACCUUAUUCUGUUUAAAGAUAUGAUUUCUGGAUUAUGUUUGAUGUAUUAUAUAAUGGGGUCUGUAUGCAUUGGAUAAAGUCAAAGCAAUAGCAUGCAGAAUUACUGCGUUUUCUAUUUUAUAUGUUUAUGCUUUAUCUUCUUCAUAUAAAAAUCUCUUUUUCUCCAUAUUUUCCACAAUUUUGUCCUUGCAUUUUACACAUACCAAUACUAAAAGGUGUAGUUAACCAUUAAAUUAAAACUCUGUCAACAUUUACAAACCCUUAUUUGCUCUGAAUUAAUAAAUUGUAUUUGUUAGUUAGUCAUCAUUACCUGUCAUUGACUUAUAAAAGUGAAUGGUGACGAAUGCUGUCUGUACAUAUCUUGACUUUUGUUCUGAAGAAAGUCAUACAGAAUUACAACAAUAUGAGAAUAUGUAAAAAAAAGUAAUAUUUCUGUCAUAUAGGCUUCAGACACUAUAAUAAAAUAAACAUACAUGGCAUAAACUUGGGCCUUGCUGAUGGGUCCCAGGAUAUAACAUUUAUAUAUGCACACAAUCUAUAUAAAAGGGUCUAAAUAAAAAACAUAUGAACACUCCUGAAUAAAGAUGAUUUAUCAGUCAUUUCUAUUGAAUCUUUGGAUCAUGCUGUUAUCUCAGCUGGCUUGACCUGUUUCUCAGUCUAAAACCCUGCAGACGAAAAGACCUGAGCGUUUGAUUUACUUUACAACCUGCUGUGGUUAUCUCACAUCUCUGACAAGCAAUGAACAUGCUGGAA